GAUUCUUCCCUUUCACCACAAGCUCCUCCCUCUCCGCCGAUUUUGCCGACAAACGACGUUACCGUCGCCGUUGUGAAGAAACCGACGGCUGCUUCUGUUUCGUCUCAGUCUCCGUCGAGGAACGCUUUAGCGUUAGUGGUUCAUACUCCUGCUGUAACCGGUGGUGGUGGUAGCGGUAACAGAAACGGACGAGGAGGAAGCGGUGGUGGCGGCGGCGGAAGAGACGAUUGUUGGAGCGAAGAAGCUACAAAGGUUCUAAUCGACGCUUGGGGAGAUCGGUUCUCUGAGCCAGGUAAAGGAACAUUGAAGCAACAACAUUGGAAAGAAGUAGCUGAGAUUGUGAACAA